CAAUAACCUUUUUUAAGAUCUUCAUCUCACACUUACCCGCAAUUUCCAUUCCAUAAAAACACUUGAAAACACACUUUACUGCUGCUUACCAUUAAUCUUUCCAUUUCCCCAUUUUCCACCACGAAAAUCUCCAUUCGAACUCCGUUUUCACUGCUACUAAGCUCCAUUUUCUACUCUUGAACAGCAGAGGAGCUGCAUAGAGUGUCCUGAGCUCUACGUUUAUACUGUUUUCUGCAGCAAAUCUGAAAUAUGAUGAACGGGUUUGAAAGGGUUUGGAUCCUGUGGGUGUGGACUAUGGUGAUGCUGUGGGCGUGCUCAGGGGAGGAGUACAUGAGGUACAAGGACCCUAAGCAGCCGGUUAAUGUGAGAGUGAAAGACCUUGUUGGUAGGAUGACUUUGGAGGAGAAGAUUGGUCAGAUGGUCCAGAUCGAUAGGAUUGCCGCCACGCCUGAUAUCAUGAAGAAUUACUACAUUGCCAUUCUUAAGUUAGUUGAAGUUGCACUGGCAAGUUUGGUUAACGAGAAGAUGGGAAAUGUAAGGAAUAGAGCUCUCGACUUACCACAACUGUGUAGUAGUGUAUACAAGCUCAUAAGUCACAUGGUGAAGUACAGGGGGAGUCUAUUAAGUGGUGGUGGAAGUACACCAUCUCCAAGAGCUACUGCCACUGAUUGGGUUAACAUGGUGAAUGACUUCCAGAAGGGGUCUCUAUCUACACGUCUAGGGAUUCCUAUGAUCUAUGGAAUUGAUGCUGUUCAUGGACACAAUAAUGUUUAUAAUGCCACCAUAUUCCCACACAAUAUUGGCCUUGGUGCCACUAGGGACCCUGGACUUGUGAAGAAGAUUGGUGAUGCCACUGCUACUGAAGUCAGAGCUACUGGAAUCCCUUACGUAUUUGCUCCUUGCAUUGCAGUCUGUAGGGAUCCUAGAUGGGGACGAUGCUAUGAAAGUUACAGUGAGGAUCCCAAGGUAGUUCAAGAUAUGACAGACAUUAUUCUUGGGUUACAAGGUGAAAUUCCAAAUGGCUCGAGAAAAGGUGUUCCUUAUGUUGCGGGGAAGAACAAGGUAGCAGCUUGUGCAAAACACUUUGUUGGUGAUGGUGGAACAACAAAAGGGAUUAAUGAAUACAAUACAGUGACUGAUAUGCAUGGCCUGCUUAGCCUUCACAUGCCUGCUUAUUAUGACUCUAUCAUUAAGGGUGUCUCCACAGUCAUGGUUUCUUACUCCAGCUGGAACGGCAUAAAGAUGCAUGCCAACCAUGAUUUAGUCACCGGAUUUUUGAAGGGUAAACUUAAGUUCGAGGGUUUUGUUAUUUCAGACUGGCAGGGCAUCGAUCGUAUUACCUCUCCUCCACAUUCCAACUAUACAUACUCUGUUCUAGCUGGUGUUCAUGCUGGCAUCGAUAUGUUUAUGCUGCCAUUCAACUUCACUGAGUUCAUUAAUGACCUCACUUAUCUGGUGAAGAACAACUUUAUCUCAAUGGAUCGUAUUGAUGAUGCUGUUGAGAGAAUUUUGCUCGUCAAGUUCAAAUUGGGUCUCUUCGAAAACCCUCUUGCUGAUCUUAGUCUGGUCAAUGAGGUCGGGAGCCAGGCACACAGAAAUCUGGCUAGGGAAGCAGUAAGGAAAUCGCUUGUUCUGCUGAAAAAUGGCAAAACUGCAAAUGAGACAUUGCUACCUUUGCCCAAGAAAGCGUCUAGAAUUCUAAUUGCUGGUAGUCACGCUGACAAUUUGGGUUACCAGUGUGGUGGAUGGACAAUAGCUUGGCAGGGAUUUAGAGGAAAUAAUGGGACAAGUGGGACAACUAUCCUUGGUGCUGUUAAUUCAGCUGUCAAUAAGGACACACAAGUCAUAUACCUCGAAAAUCCCAACAGUGAAUAUCUGAAGUCCAACCACUUUGAUUACGCAAUUGUGGUUGUUGGUGAGUACCCUUAUACAGAGACUGUUGGGGACAGUGAAAACCUCACGAUGGCUGAUCCGGGGCCUGAUGUCAUAAAAAAUGUCUGCUCGGUUCUGAAAUGUGUUGUCAUCCUCAUAUCCGGUAGGCCAAUCGUGAUCGAGCCCUAUAUUUCGAUAAUAGAUGCUCUUGUGGCAGCCUGGUUACCUGGCACCGAAGGCCAAGGGGUGACUGAUGUGCUCUUUGGAGACUAUGCUUUCACCGGAAAACUCCCGCGGACUUGGUUCAGAACUGUGGACCAACUCCCGAUGAAUCUUGGCGAUUUGCAUUAUGACCCGCUUUUUCCAUUUGGAUUUGGGCUCACGACAAAGAUGGUGGUUGCAAGGUCAGUAUCAGCUGGUGUCGACAGGAGGCCUUACGAAGCUAUCAUCAUGAUUUUCGUGUUCUUUGGUUUGUAUUUUCAAGGUAAAGUUUUAGCUUUGGAACUGGUCACUAUGACCUCAUCGAGGUUCCUCCGAGUAGUCUUCUUCAUUUUAUGUCAUUUCUACCUAGACCUCGAUCUCAUGUGGAACUUUGUCCCUUCUCGGCUUAUUGUCCUCAAGUCUCUCCUCGACUCCCUUAUACUUAGACUCCGGUUCACCAGUAGGGCUAUAUUACCCUCCAAGUUAUCACCAUGUUCGCUGCUUAUCAUAUAA